AUGCCACCCAAGAAAAGCGCACCCAAGCCGGCUGCGGCAUCAGCUGCGACGGCAAAGGGUAAACGGGCCACAUCUACUACAACUACUACGACGAAGGCAGCUACGAAAGCAACUACAAAGGCAACCACCAGAACAACAACGAAAGCGAAUAAGACAACCGCCACGACCACUACUGCUCGCAAAGUUCCAAUUGACAAGCGAGAGACCCCUUCGAAGCCCAAGAAGACCACCAAGAGACAACCCGUGAAAUCCACCACAGCUACCAAAGGUGGAACAGUCGACAACCUUGCAAGCAAGAAGCAUGAAGCUGAGCCUGCGAGACGUGAGAAGCGGAAAGCAGAAGUUAUCGAUGAAGCUCCUGCUCGCGAUUUGAAGAAAGCUCGUGUUGCUAAACCCCGGGUUACUAAACUGAAGCCGAAGGUGGUCAUCAACCAUGCGCCAACCACUCGAUUAAAUGUCUAUGUGUGCGGUGAAGGCAGCUCAGGCGAGUUGGGGCUAGGAUCUGCUAAGAAUGCAGUUGAUGUGAAGCGGCCUCGGUUGAAUGCCAACUUGCCAGCGGACCGUGUCGGUGCUGUCCAGGUCGCUGUUGGUGGCAUGCAUUGCGUUGCGCUUACGUAUGACAACAGGAUCCUUACAUGGGGCGUCAACGAUCAAGGAGCCCUUGGCAGAGAUACUGCUUGGGAUGGUGGGUACAAAGAUAUCGACGAAGCCAACAAUGGGUCAGACUCGGAAUCCGAUGAUGACAUUGCUCUAAACCCCUACGAAUCAACUCCCACCGCUAUUCCGUCAGAGGCUUUCCCGAAAGACACCGUCUUCGUUCAAGUCGCUGCUGGCGACAGCUCAAGCUUUGCCCUUACAGAUGAUGGUCAAGUUUAUGGUUGGGGAACAUUCAGAAGCAAUGAUGGUAUCUUAGGUUUUGAUGCCGCCAAUAAAGUCCAACAUACGCCUAGUCUGAUACCGUCUUUGAAGAAAAUCAAACACCUGGCAUGUGGCGAUAAUCACGUCUUAGCACUGAAUGAUAAAGGUGCUGUGUUAUCAUGGGGUUCGGGUCAGCAAAACCAACUGGGCCGUCGUAUCAUUGAGCGAAACAGGCUGAACGGUCUGCAGCCGCGCGAGUUUGGCCUGCCGAAGAAUAUUGUGCAUAUUGGCUGUGGUGCUUUCCAUUCAUUCGCUGUUCAUCAGUCUGGAAAGGUUUACGCAUGGGGUCUGAACAGUUUCGGCGAAACGGGUAUCAGGGCUGGUGCCGGUGAUGACGAAGCUGCGAUUGUGCACCCCACCGUCGUGGAUUCGCUAUCUGGAAAAGCAGUCACACAAAUCUGCGGCGGCGCCCAUCAUUCGCUUGCUAUCGCUAAUGAUGGCGAGUGCCUUGUAUGGGGACGAUUGGAUGGCUACCAGACAGGUCUGAAAAUCGAUAGUCUAGCCGAGGAUGCGGUCAUCAAGGACGAGCGUGGGCGGCCUCGUAUCUUGAUAGAUCCCAAAGCUGUUCCUGGAGUCAAGGCCAUUGCUGUUGCAGCCGGUUCAGACCAUUCACUCGUCAUUGAUGUAGAGGGUCGUCCUUGGUCGUGGGGCUUUUCCGCCACCUAUCAAACGGGCCAAGGUACACCUGAUGACAUCGAAGUAGCGACUGUCAUCGAGAAUACUGCCGUUCGUGGUAAGAAGUUAAACUGGGCAGGUGGUGGUGGUCAAUUCUCUGUGUUCACAGAGCCUGCAGCAUUAGCAUAA